AUGGAAUUAAAAACAGCUCCUGUUAUUAUCUCUAUAGUUUUAAAAUGUUUACCCGUUAAUAAACCAUUAAUACCAGCCGACAUUGUUGAAAGUACUUGGACGGAUAUUAUGGAUUUAUACACUCCAGAUGAUGUUAAUGCUACUGAAUUCAAUGAUUAUUUAGUUCAAACCUAUGUAGAUAUUAGUUUAUAUGGGAUUAAUAUAUGGAAUGUGCAUGAUGCAAUAAUUAAUGAUUUACCAAGGACAAACAAUCAUGUUGAGGGGUACAAUAGUCGUCUGAAAAGUAAUUUUCCAAAACACUCACAUAUUUAUCAUUUUAUUGAAUUGUUACGUGAUGAACAUUUAUAUCAACAUCAUAGAGCUGAAGAAUCAGAUAUGCAAAUAAGGAAACGAAAAAAAUUAUACAAUAAUAUUGAUAGUAAGUUAAAAGAAUUACAUGAAGAACACAUAAAAGGAACAAUAACAAAUGUUUAA